AUGCAAACUCGGAAUGAAGAUUCUGAAGUCCCUCUUCAACCUGUGCUGAAGGAACGAAGGGAUCUUGGGUUGCAACUGAAGAAGGAAAAAGAUCAGGAGAACAGAGCCGUAUUAGACACCACACCAGUUGUUCUGCGAAAGAAUUCCUACAACAGUUUUGAAAAUACCGCCGGUAGCCGUAAGCCUCUUAUUCAAGAGGUCAACUUUGAAGGGACAAAGUCAGAGAAGACCACACCUUUUGAGAAUAUUCGCCGGUCCCCACGUCAUCACGAAUUCCUGCGCGGUACAAAAGAUUUUCAGUCGUUAGAAGAUCUUUCCGAUAAAGUCGAUUCACCUCCGGUGGUGGGAUCUGAGAGUCAUAACCAGCGUCAGAAGAAUCUUGAUUCACGCAAAGAGACGCAUCGUGAUUCUUUUCCCGGUGUUGAAACCCAGCCGAGGAUUUUGCGAGCUGUGUCAAGGAUAGACAAACGGAUUUUUGAGGACGGGCCCAAAACUAGGAUCAGCACCGAAGAUGAUUGGCUAACGAAGCGACAUUCUACAGCUAUCUCUGUUUCUCAGAAAGAGUCCAGCUCUCCCGCCGAUUCCAACAACGGCCAGAAAACAGAAAAAUGGUCUGUGCUUCGGCAACCGCUUGAUUCUGGAAAUGACAACAGAAACACUUGUGACAAACAAACGUGGCUAAAGAAGAAUUUGGACCAGAGACGAACAAUUUCCUACACAUUUACACCACCUGCUAAAGAAUUGGACACAAAAGAAUCGCAAGAGGCUCCUUGGAUCAAGGAAUUCCGGAAUAGUCGUAAAAGAGUUAGUCUCGUUUUCAGUAACCGUGAUCAAGUCAAGCCAGUAUUGGAUAAACCGCCGUCAGUCGAGACAACUUCUGUGCGAAUUUCCAAGCCUCUGUCAUCGCUAGCGGGUGAGCAGUCUAGCCGGGCGUUCGUAAGCGGCAAAGUUGCUGUGCACACAACUUCGUCUUCGGCAGUAGAAAAGAAAGAGACGUCGACCAUAUUGCCGGAAGGGACAGCUUCUCCGAAAUACAAAGUUGAAAGGAAGUCAUCUUUCAACAAUACAAACGAAAGUGGUGUUUCAUCAAGAAUGAAAGAAAACCGGUCACCGGUUUCAAGAAACAACAUAAACACAGCUGAGCCUUAUCUUCCGAGUUGGUCUGUUGCUGACGCUGGUGAAGCACCCGCUUCACUUACUGAUACCCGAAGUGACAUACCCGAUUGGCAAAGAAAAUUAGCCGAGAAAAACAAACUUAGAAAACAGUCAUUCCGGAGGCCUUCUCUAUCGCCGCGCGAAUCUCCCGAUCGGCAGAAAUCUUCCUCGAAAGGAUUACCAUCUUUCUCUCUAAGCAACGUCGAAAGCCACUCUGGCAGCAAUCGGAGACACUUCUCCAAUAAGCCGAUGUACGUCCGUGUGCUUCCACCUCCUGUUCUGCCCAACAAGCUGAGCCCUGAGAAGCUGCGGGAAUACACAGACCUGUCGCCUGAAAAUAGUCCCAGCCGAAUCCCAGUUCCUGUCAAUCAAUCAGGAAAACAUUCCAACAAUGAGUUGACGUCAAAAUCUUUUAAAAACCGUCUAUUUGGGAGGAGACACGAGGAGUCUGGAUCCAAUGCGUCCAGCAUUGUUUCAGAUGAGGUAGACAAGAAGACAAAAUCUAAGUACAAAUUCAAAAUACCUGUAAGUCCUAAAUUUACUCCGUUUGGUAAAAAGCAAAAAAGUAUUAAGCAAAAUCAAUCCGACGAGGAAAAUGGUUCGAAUUUGCCUGUUUCCCCGCAACAGAGAAGCGAUGAGGUCGUCGAGACUAAAUCCGAGAAGUAUAAUCUAUCUAUCUAUCUAUCUAUCUAUCUAUAUCUAUCUAUCUAUCUAUCUAUCUAUCUAUCUAUCUAUCUCAUUCAUAUCUUAAUAAUUCUAUCUAUCUAUCUAUCUAUCUAUCUAUCUAUCUAUCUAUAUCUUAAUCUAUCUAUCUAUCUAUCUAUCUAUCUAUCUAUCUAUCUAUCUAUCUAUCUCAUUCACAUCAUUAACUAG